CAGUUCGUGUAUACUACAUUUAUGGUUGUUGUGUGAGUGAUUAUAGAGCUGUCUUGUACUUACGUUUACUGUUUCAAAAUGGGGCCCGGUGGAUGUAUACGAUGCUCGUUUUGGUGGCGACUUAUUUUCGUUCUUUUCUGGUUGAAUAGUGUCUACAGUCAGGCAACCGAUAGUGUACGACUUGUGAAUGGUACAUCGCCCAGUGAAGGAAGGGUAGAGAUUUGGUACAAUGGCCAAUGGAACACCAUCUGUGAUGAUUACUGGUAUGUAGAAGAAGCACAGGUUGUUUGUCGUCAGCUCGGCUAUGACACUUCUAAUGUAAGACCAAGGAGUCUAGCCUACUAUGGUCAAGGGUCAGGAUCGAUUCUACAAGUCCAGUGUUCUGGGUCGGAGUAUACCUUGGAGUCCUGUGAUCUGUAUUCAGGGGAUUUCGUCUGUGGCCAUCGUGAGGAUGCAGGAGUAAUAUGUGAGGCAACCGAUAGUGUACGACUUGUGAAUGGUACAUCGCCCAGUGAAGGAAGGGUAGAGAUUUGGUACAAUGACCAAUGGAACACCAUCUGUGAUGAUUACUGGUAUCUAGAAGAAGCACAGGUUGUUUGUCGUCAGCUCGGCUAUGACACUUCUAAUGUAAGAUCAAGGAAUUUAGCCUACUAUGGUCAAGGGUCAGGAUCGAUUCUACAAGUCCAGUGUUCUGGGUCGGAGUAUACCUUGGAGUCCUGUACUCUGUAUUCAGGGGAUUUCUUCUGUGGCCAUCGUGAGGAUGCAGGAGUAAUAUGUGAGGCACCCGUUAGUGUACGACUUGUGAAUGGUCCAUCGCCCAAUGAAGGAAGAGUAGAGAUUUUGUACAAUGACCAAUGGAACACCAUCUGUGAUGAUAAAUGGAAUAAUGGUGAAGCAGAGGUUGUUUGUCGUCAGCUUGGCUAUGGCACUGAUAAUGUAACACCAAGGAGUUUAGCCUACUAUGGUGAAGGAUCCGGACCGAUUCAACGAGUCGAGUGCUAUGGUUGGGAGGAUAGCUGGGAAUCCUGUACUGUGUCUUCAGGGAAUUCCUCAUGUGGCCAUUAUGAGGAUGCAGGAGUAAGAUGCGAGGCACCCAUUAGUGUACGACUUGUGAAUGGUCCAUCGCCCAAUGAAGGAAGAGUAGAGAUUUUGUACAAUGACAAAUGGAACACCAUCUGUGAUGAUAAAUGGAAUUAUGGUGAAGCAGAGGUUGUUUGUCGUCAGCUUGGCUAUGGCACUGAUAAUGUAACACCAAGGAGUUUAGCCUACUAUGGUGAAGGAUCCGGACCGAUUCAACGAGUCGAGUGCUGGGGUUGGGAGGAUAGCUGGGAAUCCUGUACUGUGUCUUCAGGGAAUUCCUCAUGUGGCCAUUAUGAGGAUGCAGGAGUAAGAUGCGGGACCGACGUUUCCACAACCUUAGAUCCAUUUCAAUGGCCAGCGACAACCACAGACUAUUACGGUGGAAUCUAUAACGUACAGCUCGUAAACGGUCCAUCACCCAGUGAAGGAAGAGUAGAGAUCUGGUACAAUGGCCAAUGGAACACUAUCUGUGAUGACAACUGGAAUCUUGAAGAAGCACAGGUUGUUUGUCGUCACCUUGGCUAUAGCACGGAUAAAGUCGUAGCAUGGAGUUCGGCCUUCUAUGGACAAGGUUCAGGACCGAUUCAACAUAUCCAGUGUUCUGGUUGGGAGUCUAACUUGGGUUCCUGUUCUCUGACUUCAGGGGAUUCCAUAUGUGGCCAUAAUGAGGAUGCAGGAGUAACAUGCGGUUACACAACAUCUCCUCGGGUAAUCGGAUCAUUGUCAUUCGUCGGAGUAUCCUUGUUUCUCCUAACCUUCAUCGCCAUAGUUGCUGUUAUGUGCGUGUGCGAUCAACAGAAGGCUUCUCCUUCAGCAGCUAUGGGAGUUCAGUUAUCUUCUCUUACCACACAACCUACACCUCAACCAGCAUCAACCACACACCUGCCUGCACCCGUCUGUGUCGAUGUACCUGUUUAGAUGAUGGACGGAAAACCACGCCAGUUUGUUAGAAUCCACCUGCCAUUCUUUAAGUGUGACUCCCUUGGAUAAACCUCGCAUUCUACUUUCUUUUUUUCUUAAUCCAUGCUAUCCAAUUCCUUUAUAUUCAUCUGCAUACACCUCUUCUUCCUUUUCUUCGUCUUAU